CGGAGCUACUGCUACGUUACUGUAGCAGCUAGAGUGCAGGCAGGUUAACGUUGCUGUUAAAAACAUAGAAGCAAAGAAGCCACAGUAUGCCGUGAAAAGCAGUACUUUGACAAUAUUCUCCGGAGUGGAAUCAAAACAGAAACUGUUACAGUGCAUCCUAACCUAGUGGUGCACAGGGGGUCAGCAGUCCGCCAUGGAUACCACCACCUCCAUGAAGAUGACCUCGCUGGCAAUCCAGAGUCUGUUCAGCAAUGUGGAGGAGGAGAACCUGGCUGCCAUCAAAGCACAUUUGGACAAGUUCAAAGAUGUGGACAGCAGGAGUGAUAAUGGACAGACUCCCCUGAUGGUGGCAGCAGAGCAGGGCAAUCUGGAGAUAUUACAAGAACUAAUUAGGAGAGGAGCCACUGUGAACUUGGACGACAUUGACGGUUGGACGGCGUUGAUCUCGGCAGCUAAGGAGGGCCACAUUGAGGUGGUGAGGGAGCUGCUGGAGAACAAUGCUAACCUGGAACAUCGAGACAUGGGAGGUUGGACUGCUCUCAUGUGGGCAGCUUAUAAAGGUCGAACAGAUGUGGCCCAGCUGCUCUUGGAAAAAGGAGCUAACCCGAACAUCACUGGUCAGUACAGCGUCUACCCCAUUAUCUGGGCGGCGGGUCGAGGCCAUGCUGAGAUUGUCCAUCUUCUGCUGCAGCAUGGAGCCAAGGUCAACUGCUCAGACAAGUAUGGUACCACUCCUCUGAUCUGGGCAGCCAGGAAGGGCCACUAUGACAGUGUGAUGCACCUUCUGGCCAACGGAGCCGAUGUGGACCAAGAAGGAGCGAACUCAAUGACCGCUCUGAUUGUGGCAGUGAAAGGUGGCUAUACAGAGGUUGUUAAGGAGCUGCUGAAGAGGAACCCAAAUGUCAACAUGACGGACAAAGAUGGCAACACAGCCCUGGCCAUUGCUGCCAAGGAGGGACACAUCGAGAUCGUACAGGACCUGCUGGACGCCGGCACCUAUGUCAACAUCCCAGACAGGAGUGGGGAGACAAUGCUGAUUGGAGCUGUGAGAGGAGGUCACGGGGAGAUAGUUCGAGCUCUGCUGAACAAAUACGCUGAUAUUGAUGUCAGGGGCCAGGAUGGAAAGACUGCCCUCUACUGGGCAGUAGAGAAAGGCAACUCUACCAUGGUGAGAGACAUCCUACAGUGUAACCCAGACACCGAGAGCUGCACUAAGGAGGGAGAGACCCCACUUAUCAAAGCCACAAAAAUGAGGAACAUAGAGAUCGUGGAACUGCUGCUGGAUAAAGGAGCCAAGGUGUCUGCGCUGGAUAAGAAAGGAGACACGCCCCUCCACAUUGCCAUCCGAGGGCGAAGCCGAAAGUUAGCUGAGCUGCUGCUGAGGAACCCUAAAGACGGUCGCCUGCUUUACCGGCCCAACAAAGCUGGAGAGACCCCAUACAACAUCGAUUGUACCCACCAGAAAAGCAUCCUCACGCAGAUAUUUGGAGCCAAGCACCUCUCCCCCUGUGAGUCAGAUGGAGACAUGUUGGGCUAUGACCUGUAUAGCAGUGCUCUAGCAGACAUCCUUAGCGAGCCCACCAUGCAGCCACCUAUCUGUGUUGGACUGUACGCUCAGUGGGGCAGCGGAAAGUCUUUCCUUCUCAAGAAACUGGAGGAUGAGAUGAAGACCUUUGCAGGCCAGCAGAUAGAGCCAUUGUUCCAGUUCUCUUGGCUGGUGGUCUUCCUCACCCUGCUACUCUGUGGCUCAGUUGCCGCAGUUCUAGGCUUCACCGUUGAUCCCAAGCUGGCAAUUGCCGUCUCCCUCAGCCUCCUCGCCCUGCUCUACAUCUUUUUUGUGUUGGUAUACUUUGGAAGUCGGCGUGAGAGGGAGAACUGGAGCUGGGCAUGGGUCAUCAGCACACGUCUGGCUCGCCAGGUUGGUUACCUGGAGCUGCUUCUCAAACUGAUGUUUGUCAACCCCCCUGAACUUCCUGAGCAGACCACCCGCGCACUGCCUGUCAGGUUCUUGUUCACGGAUUAUAAUCGUCUGUCCAGCGUUGGAGGAGAGACCUCCAUGGCUGAAAUGAUUGCCACGCUCUCAGAUGCUUGUGAGAGGGAGUUUGGCUUCAUGGCCACCAGGCUCUUCAGGGUUUUCAAGAACAGUGAAAUCCAAGGUAAGAAGUGGAAGAAAACAUGUUGCGUUCCCUCCUUUGUGCUGUUCGUCUUGACACUGGGAUGCCUGAUCACUGGUAUGGCCCUGUUGGCCAUCUUUAAGGUGGACCCUGAGAACUUGACAAUAAAUGCAGUUUUAAUAGCCAUGGCUAGUGUGGUGGGCCUGGCCAUAGUGCUCAACUGUAGGACCUGGUGGCAGGUGGCAGACUCUGUCCUCAACUCCCAGAGGAAACGGCUGCACAGUGCUGCCAACAACUUGCAUAAACUCAAGAGUGAAGGAUUUAUGAAGGUUUUAAAGCAUGAAGUGGAGCUAAUGUCAAAAAUGGCCAAAACCAUUGAUGGCUUUACCCAGAACCAGACCCGCAUGGCAGUCAUCAUCGACGGACUUGACGCCUGUGAACAGGACAAAGUGCUGCAGAUGCUGGACACGGUGAGAGUACUCUUCUCCAAGGGUCCUUUUAUCUCCAUCUUUGCCAGCGAUCCCCAUAUUAUCAUUAAAGCUAUCAAUCAGAACCUCAACAGUGUGCUCAGAGAUUCCAACAUCAAUGGACACGACUACAUGAGGAACAUCGUUCACCUGCCAGUAUUCCUCAACAGCAGAGGCCUCAGUACAGCCAAAAAGCUCUGCAUGGCCCCCACCAAUGGAGAGCCAUUACCUGUUGAGGGAAGGCAUGAAGACAUCGACAGGAAGAUGUCUCAGACCAGCAUGGGCCAAGACCAGGCCAAGCUUGGCAGCAAGAACACCCUAAACCGCAGGGACACAUACCGGCGUCGGCAGAUGCAGAGGACCGUCACCAGACAGAUGUCCUUUGACCUGACUAAGCUGCUGGUGACUGAGGACUGGUUCAGCGACAUCAGCCCACAGACCAUGAGGAGACUGCUCAACAUUGUUUCCAUCACAGGUCGUCUGUUGCGGGCCAAUCAGAUCAUCUUCAACUGGGACCGGCUGGCAUCAUGGAUCAACCUGACUGAAGAGUGGCCUUACAGGACAUCGUGGAUCAUCCUGUUUUUGGAAGAGACUGAUGGAGUGUCUGACCAGGUUCCUCUCAAGACCAUCUACGAAAGAAUUUCCAAGAACAUCCCCACCACUAAGGACGUGGAACCUCUGCUGGAGAUCGAUGGAGACGUCCGCAGCUUUGAGGUCUUCCUCUCCUCCAGGACGCCUGUCCUCACUGCCAGAGAUGUGGAGAUGUUCCUGCCCUGCACAGUCAACCUGGACCCCAAACUGAGGGAGAUCAUAGCAGAUGUCCGUGCGGCCAGGGAGCAGAUGCACAUGGGAGGAGUGACCUAUCCCACGCUGCCCCUGCAAGAGGCAAUGCCCCGUCCCCAGUCAGGUUAUGGCCAACAGUCUGCCACCUGCUCGCCGACGGGCUCCUUCGCCGGACCCCUGCCUCCUCAGCCCCACAGUGCCUACUUCAGUGGGAUGACUGGCCCUCAGCACCCCUUCUACAACCGGCCUUAUUUCCCCCACCAUGUGUAUCACCUGCCACGGCAUUACUACCACCAUGUCCCCUCAUCCUCGCGCCCCUCCAAUAAACAACCCGGUCAACCUAAGGACAACACCAAUGGACUUGUAUCUCCUGUGAUCGUGCUCAGCUCUAUGACCACAGAUGCGGUGUGUGAUCGUCUCAAACAAAUCGAUGGAAUCGACCCCAGCAUGCUUCCUCUGUACAAUGCCACCAUAAAGAAGGCUAAUAUAAAUGGUCGAGUGCUGUCUCAGUGCAACCUGGACGAGCUGAAGAAAGAGAUGGAGAUGAACUUUGGCGACUGGCAACUCUUCAGGGGAAUGGUGAUGGAACAGCGUAAUGCUGAAAGCCAGGCUCUGCUUCAGGAUGAGUCCCGAGCUGCUAGCGAGCAGGGCAGCAGCGUGCACCACGGGGAGCCCAACAGACGCUCUGGGGGGGCCCAGCAUGAAGCGGCGGCCUUCAGCCUCAACCUCAGCUUCGAGGAGCUCAGCGGAGUUGGGCUGGAGGAGCCUCUGAGACACAGCAACAACUCACACUGGCCGGUGGCAAAUCUCCGCACCUCAAGCAUGUCCAGCCUCAACUCUCAGGAAUCCUCUAAUGACAUCUGCAAGCUGACUGACAAGCAGCAGGAUGAGUAUCGUGAUGCCUACAGGGAGUACAUCACUCAGAUGGCCCAGCUGGAUAUGUCCGGCAGUGGGGGGGAGAGGCCCGUGCAGCCCCACCCUGGACAAUUCCUUCAGGCCGCCAGCUCAGAGGACAAAGGGGCCAAGGAAGGAGCUGACCAAGACAGCCGCAAGUCCUUCACCAAGAGAGGCUCCAAGAAUAGUGAUGCCACAGACUUCCCCUCAGGGACCGAUGCCCAGCUCCUAGACCCCAUCAGUGAAGAGGAUGAAAAGCUGGACCACAGCGCGUCCUCCAGGACUCCAGGUACCAGAAAGAAGGGAGCCGGGGCAUUGUACCACAAGCUGCCCAACGAUGAAGACUCCGGCCCAGAAGAAGCUGACAACACCACACCUCUCCUCCACAGAGAGGGUGUUGCUCUGUACUCCCAGCCCAGCAGGCUGCUGACCAAGCCUGGCUUCCUCACCGAAAUCCUCCUGGAUAAGAAGGACUCGUCCGACUCAGGGAUGCGCUCCAGUGACAGCUCCUCAGACCCUUCCUUGGAGGAGGCUGAAGGAGAGUCUUACACAGAGAGAGAAACACUGAAGUCCAGCCUGAUUGAACUGGAGCUGGAGGGCCUGGUGAAGAAGAGAGGCCUCCUCCCCAGCAGCCUAAGCGGCCUUCAGGAUGCAGCAGUGGCCCGCAUGUCCAUCUGCUCCGAGGCUCCGUCUGAGGCCAGCCUAAUGGCCAGCAGCCCAGAUGAGGGGUGGCCGUCUAUCAGGGUCAGCAACCUCAAUCGCACCGACAGCAACACCACCCUCAAUAACAACACAAACAGCCCUGGCGACUCCACCAGCAACACCAACACCAACACCAACAACAGCCACCAGCAGCCGGCUAACAUCACAGGCACAGAAUCCACCACCACCUGCCGCAGCAUCAGCGUCUCGCCAGCUGUCAUCAUCAUGCCCGGCAGCAGCAGCAUUGCCAACACCACGGCUGCCACCAUCCACAACCAGAACCUGCGCACCAUCAGCCUGGGAGAUGAGAGGGAGAGUGUCCUCUAGGAAGCAGGUUGUUGUUCUGAGGAGGGUCAUGUAGACUGUUCUAGAUGUUGUUGGUGACCUUAUUGUACUGUUGGCAUCGUGAUGUGUUCCAAAGAAGUAGAGUAGAUACGUGUUCUACUGAAAAUGUUGCUGUGAAGCAAGACUAGUGCAUCAAAAGCUUCAGGUAGUUAGCUAAUGAAAACAAAAAUCACCUUUUUAUUUUAAAAAAAAAGGACUACUCUAAAGACACAUUUUUAAUUAGAUUUUUAAUUUAAUGAUACCAAAAUGCUUCAAUCAGGUCAAAUUGGGAUUGUUUUAAUUUAUUUUUAUGUUAUUUCUUACUGUUGUUUGGAUGGUUUAAGUGUCAUUUCUUUCUCAUGUGAAUGUGGUGCUGUUAUGGAAACGGUGUGUUUUUGUGAUGCUGUGUUGUGGACAUCAUAUGUUACCAAAACAAAAAGUGUUUGUCAGGAAAUGUAGCCACAACUGAAAAAGCUCAGUGUUUUUGACUUAUUUAAAAUAGAUGGCAUUGUAAACAGUGGUGCAGUGUGUUGUUGGCUGUUUCUGUGAUGGAAGAAGUGCAUGCAAUAGUCUCCAAAGCGGUGAUUGUCUUCUCCAAAUGUCCUUGUGAAAUGGUGUUCCGUGAAUCAAUAAACAUUUUGCUACAUGAACCAUUGAAA